GUGGCAAAAUUUCUUUAGCUUCCUCUAUCAUGCUUCCCUCUAGACUUUUCCGCAACGUGGGUAUUGCUCCUCCCCUGCGCUCACUCAUAGCCCCGCAUUCAUCAUUGCCUGCAUCUGUAUCAGUUCAGCUAAGACUACGACUGGGCAUUUCUCGUUAUAAUUCGUCAUCAUCGUCAUCACCGCCCCCCGCGUCAUCUUCACCUCCACCAUCCACGACGUCCUCAACACCCGUCAUAUCCCCCUCAUCUCAACCUCUUACUACUGACCCUCUAGAACCACGUCUCUCACUGACCUUCACAUGUACCGCACCGGGUUGCUCCACCCGCUCCACGCACACAUUUACCAAAAGAGCUUACGAGCGCGGUAUUGUGCUCGUGGAAUGUCCAGGAUGUCAAAAUAGACAUCUCAUCGCUGACCACCUAGGGUGGUUCAAAGAUAGUACAGAAGAAGGCAAACUAAAAACUGUCGAAGAUAUCCUCCGUUCGCGAGGCGAGCAAGUGCGUCGUGGGAGGCUUGAUGCGGGUGGAGUAGUAGAAUAUACUGAAAACUGA